AUGGAUUCGGUCGAAAAGAGGGAUGAAGAGGAUUGGGAGUUUACCGAUAAGAGGAAGCAGAAGUCAAGGAAGCAUGUGAACGGUGAUGAGGCUGAAGGUGAGGUCGACGGUGAAGGUUCUGACGGAGGCGGGAGAAGGAAGCGUUCUGCAAAGGGGGAUGCGGAUGAUUACGAUUCGCGGUUGAAGGCGGCGAAGAAGAGAUUUGAGGAGAAUACAUUGGAGAAAUUGAGUAGUUUUUAUGAGGAUGGUGAGUUGGAUGGUGGGGAGAAGGGAAGGAAUGCUCAUAGAGUGAAGGAGGAUUUUAGGUUAUCGGAGAAGAGUGAAAGCGGAAGAGAGUUGAGAGAGAAGAGCCGUGGGUCUUCUGAACAGGUUAAGAGUUCUAGAAGGAAGUGGGAUGAAGUUGAUACUGUUAGUGUGAAGAAAGUACAGGAUAGUGUUUCUGAGAAAAGUGAUUUGAAGAGUUCUAAGGUUGCUGAUGGUAAGCGGAGUGAGUCUAGGGAGAGGAGUGGAUCUGGUAGAAAUGAACAUGGGGAGAGUAAAGUUUCUGGUAGUGAUAGCAAGGUUGUUAAAUCUGGGGGAAAAGAUGAUAGAAGAAGUGAUUCUGAGAGAAGUAAGAGUAAAGUCAAGUUGGAAACGCCUGAUGAAAGGGUUGAAAAGCCUAGGCAUCAUAGGACACCAACUGGUUUUGAUGUGGCUGAAACUGGGGAGAAGUUGGUCAAUGCAGAUGAGGACGGCAAUGCGCGGGUUAGGGAUAAAACUGUUAAAGAAACUGGGAACUCAACUAGAUCUAGGACGCCUGAGAAGAGUGGAAAACGCCAUCACGAUUCGGAGGGUUCAGAGAUGGAUUAUGAGAAAAGUGGUAGUUUUAAAAAGAAAGAACUUGAGAGUGAUAGUUAUAAAGAUGAUAGGUCCAAAGGAAAAGAUGAAGCUUGGAGUGAUAGGAGGAAAGAUAGGGAAAGUUCUAAAGAUAAUUGGAAAAGGAGGCAGCAGGGUAAUACUGACAGAGAUUCCAAGAAUGAGGAUGGUGCUUUUGAUCAUGGCAGAGAAUGGGAGUUGCCCAGACACGGUUAUGAUAGGAUGGACAACGAAAGGCCUCACGGACGGUUAGGUGGUAGAAAAGAUGUACUCAGGGGGGAAGCUGUGAAAACAACAACGAACUUUGGAAUUUCAAAUGAUAAUUAUGAUGUGAUAGAGAUCCAGCCAAAGUUUGUUGACUAUGGGAAAACAGACUCUGUAUCCAAUCUUAGCAAGAGAACUGAAGCUAAUCAACAAUACAAUUCUAAAUCAGGAGGUAAUCACGAAGAACGGUCACGUCAUCCGGAAGAAAGAGCAAGAAAGAGUGAUUUAUCUGGUUCUGGGACACCUGGUGAAGAUCAGAAGGAGAGAUAUGUCGAUGAUGACUAUGAUUCUUAUGGGGGAAGAGGAAGAGGUCAGAAAAGUGUUGCAACUAAUCGCAGUACCGGUGGCUCGCAGUCUCAAUAUGGAAAUCUGGAUUCUGGAUCAUUUAACAGAGGUGGUCCACAAGGAAUAAAAGGGAACAGGGUUGGUAGAGGAGGAAGGAUUAGGCCUCCUGGGAGAGACAACCAGCAGGUCGGAAUGCCAUUGCCAAUGAUGGGAUCACCCUAUGGACCUCUUGGCAUGCCUCCGCCCGGACCGAUGCAGACUCUUGCCCAUGGUAUGUCACCCGGUCCUCCAAUGUCCCCUGGAGUCUUUAUGUCACCAUUUAACCCAGCUGUUUGGCCUGGACCCCGAGGUGUUGACAUGAAUAUAAUGGGUGUUCCACCCGCAGUGUCUCCUGUGCCUCCAGGUCCAAGAUUUAAUACUGCUAAUAUGGGGAACCCACCGAAUUCUGCAAUGUAUUAUAACCAAUCAGGCCAUGGAAGGGGGAUUCCCCCAAGCAUUUCCAGUCCUGGUUUCAAUCAUACAGGACCAAUGGGGAGAGGAGCACCACCUGAUAAAACUCAAGGGGGAUGGGCUCCACCUAAAAGUAGUGGAGCUAUGGGUAAAGCUCCUUCUAGAGGUGAGCAGAAUGAUUAUUCUCAAAACUUUGUAGACACUGGUAUGCGGCCUCAGAAUUUCAUCAGGGAGCUUGAGUUGACAAAUGUUGUAGAGGACUAUCCUAAGCUUAGAGAGCUUAUACAGAAAAAGGAUGAGAUUGUGGAAAAAUCUGCAUCUACUCCCAUGUAUUACAAGUGUAAUCUGAAAGAGUUUGAACUGGCUCCAGAGUUCUUUGGGACCAAGUUUGAUGUCAUUCUUGUGGAUCCCCCAUGGGAGGAGUAUGCGCAUCGAGCCCCUGGUGUUGCUGAACACACAGAGUGCUGGACAUUUGAAGAAAUAAUGAAUCUCAAGAUUGAGGCUAUAGCAGAUACUCCUUCUUUCAUCUUCCUUUGGGUUGGUGACGGUGUAGGCCUUGAACAAGGCCGUCAAUGUCUAAAGAAGUGGGGAUUUCGUAGGUGUGAAGAUAUAUGUUGGGUGAAGACAAAUAAAAGUACUGCAACUCCAGGGCUGCGGCAUGAUUCACAUACUUUAUUUCAACAUUCAAAGGAACACUGCUUGAUGGGCAUAAAAGGAACAGUUCGUCGAAGUACCGAUGGGCAUAUUAUUCAUGCCAACAUUGACACGGAUGUAAUUAUUGCCGAAGAGCCUCCUUAUGGUUCAACACAAAAGCCUGAAGAUAUGUAUAGGAUUGUUGAGCACUUUGCCCUUGGAAGGAGAAGGCUUGAACUAUUUGGUGAAGACCAUAAUAUCCGGUCCGGCUGGCUGACUCUUGGUAAAGAACUGUCAUCUUCAAAUUUUAGUAAGGAGGCAUAUGUCAAGAACUUUGGUGACAAAGAUGGGAAGGUUUGGCAGGGUGGUGGAGGAAGAAAUCCACCUCCGGAGGCACCUCAUCUGGUGGUGACUACUCCUGAUAUAGAGGCUCUUAGGCCAAAGUCCCCAAUGAAGAACCAGCAACAAAUGCAGCAGCAGCAGCAAUCAGUGUCCAUUUCUUUGACGCCGGGUAACACAUCAAACAGAAGGCCUGGGAAUUCACCGCAGAAUCCAACUGCACUUGGUGUCAAUCAAGAUGCCUCUAGUUCAAACCCAUCUACACCAGCUCCUUGGGCUUCUUCACCUAUGGAGGGCUUUAAGGGACGUGAAGGCUCUGUAAUGCCUUCAGAUGAUAAAUUAUUUGAUAUGUAUGGGGGGUUUAAUGGACCACCACCACCGGGCUAUCUAGAUUUUGAAUCAUUCAGACAAAUGAAUAUGUUGUAG